CCCAUUUUGUGACGUCAUUAUACAUUGAGUAGUCUGAUAAUUAUGUCAUUUUUGAUGGAUACGCAAUCACCAAAGAUCCAAGUGAUAUUCAAUACAUUGUUAACUAAAUUUAAGCCGUUUCUUUUUUCAGAAAUUUGCAGGGCCAAAAAAAAGGCCAAGGUAAGCCAUGUUCUUUUGUUGAGUGAUUUUUGCUAGAUUUAUAUUAUUAUCCUAGGAAAAUGAAUAAAUAACCCAACGUUGAAAGAAAAACAAUGUGUCAAAUUUAUAUUCUUAAGUAAACCCACCUCUAUGAAUGUUGCCUGAAUUUAACCUAUUCACCGGAAAAUGAAGUUUUGAAAUUUUAAAAGACCAAAGAUAAAAACAAUAAACUACUUACUGCGCUAAGAAUAACUGAAUAUUUAAAAGAUUUCUUAAUGAAUAAUUUGAUUAUGAUGCACUUCCGAAAGUGAAUAGAAAGUAGAAUUCCCAACAUUCUGAAGUUUACUUUUUAACAAUAAAUGUACGUGUAAUCAUUACAAAAUAAAUUUGAACUCUAAAAUGAAGCUUAAAAGGAUAUGAAAACUGUUGUUUCUACUGAAUUUUUAAACCAAUUUCAAUGUUUGCAACUCUUUAUUAAGGCAUCAAUUAGUGAUCAGCAAAUAUUUGAACCUCAUUUGAUGAUUAACAAACCAGAUGCAUGGCUUAAAUUUCUUCAUAAUGUAUACAAGAAGGUCCUAGUUUUCGACGCUACAUGUCAAACACAAUGUUCGGUAUAGCUAUUCCUCUCAUUUUGGUGCUGUUUGACACAUGUGAUUGCGAUUCCCAGACUGUACGUGUUCUUGGAAAACCGAAUAUUAGACCCCUUUAUCUGAAUGUGUCCGAAUCGAGUGAUGCGAAGACGAAAACUGCGUAUGGAAGAUUCCACUGCCCCCCUGACACACAAUUAAGGAUAUUUGGAGGGACAAUUGUCACAUUUGACAAAGUAUCGAAAUCAAACGGUAUCAAUACCCUAUGUGAACUAGUUGUCUAUUAUGAAUCAUGGUGGAGUCAACCAAUACUUUCCCUUGAAUCUGAAUCUGUCUCUGAGGACCUCGCUAUUCAUCUCAACGGAAGCGUAAGCAACGGUGAACAAACUGAGUUUUCCGGAACCGAUUGCUUAGUUGGAAUAAAGAGGUCAUCUGAAAAGCAAAGUACUACAUAUACCGCUGUUAUUCAAAAUUGCGACCCAAAUCUCCCCAUUGAAAGCACUUUUUACAUUUGGCUUGAAAAAUAUAGUGGUACGGUUUUCUACCUUCCUUCAGACCCAUACUGCUACGAUUCAGAUACCACGAAUAUGAAGAAUCUGAAAUCACAAUGUUCGACAUAUGUAUCCUUCGACCCAUUUAACGUUACCUUCCAUGAAGAUAAAAUGGCCGCUGACAAUGUUAAGCUGAGAAGUAACAAGUUCCAUCUCACGGGUUCUUGCACAGGUACAUGCAUAACGGUUAGGAAUCAAUGGUUUUUCUUAAUAGUUUAGCUUUCCUGUGUAUAUUUUCACUGAAAUAAAGUGCAAACCUCACAAUC